AAACGUAAAAAGAAAAAAGAUCCAAAUGAACCACAAAAGCCAGUGUCCGCAUAUGCUUUAUUCUUCCGUGAUACACAAGCUGCUAUUAAAGGACAAAAUCCAAGUGCUAGUUUUGGUGAAGUUUCUAAAAUUGUAGCUGCUAUGUGGGAUGGUUUAGAUCCUGAUCAUAAAAAUGGUUAUAAAAAGAAGACUGAAAUGGCUAAGAAAGAAUAUUUAAAACAAUUAGCAGCCUAUAGAGCUAGUCAAGUUUCAUUGGUAAGUAAUGAAUGA